AUGACGAGCGACGGCUCACCAGUUCCCCGCAACUCACCCAGCGGUCAGCUCGCCGCUCAGCGCGAUGACGCAGGUAUUGGAGUCCUGCCAUCUAUGCUUGGCAAUGUGGGCGUCAAGCGAAACAACCAGAUGGUCACCCGGGCUUCGUCUCCAAUCCCGUUGACAACCUCGAAACUGGGAAACCAGAACUCACUUCCCUCAAGCCGUGUGCCCUCGAAGAAACUGAAGACCAGCCCUACACCACCUGCUGCUAUGCCCCACCCAAGCGAUGAUUCCAGUUUCUCUCCAAUGGACAACCUCAUGGCCAAGCUGUCCGAACAACAGGUCAUCCUGAACAAGCAAAGGGACGAGAUCGGUGGCGUCGCGGAGACCUUGGGCCCUCGGAAGGAACACCUGGCAGCUCCUCCGAACGAUGGUUCGUCCAGUGGUUCCGUCUCAAUCUCCGCCGGCAGCGAGAAGUACAUUCAAACCCCCGAAUCGUUCGACAUCCAAGCAAAUGUUCCCGACGCCGCCGAAGUUUUGCGCCUCAAGAAACAGCUCGAAGCCGCAAACAGCAGGAUCGCUAGGAUGGAUGAAGAGCUGUCACAGACGCGCAUUACCAAGCACACGGUUGACCAGGCCCUGGGACCUCCCUCUGAGGCUGGCUUCGAUCCAAGGAAUGACGUCAGCGAACAGACGCUCAGCAAGCUUCAGUACACCUUCAAUGCUUCCACCAGAAUCCCUCCUGUCAUGGGGCGCCAGGAACCUUGGCCCGUCCCUGAAGAUGCGGUUUCUGAUUCCAGCGAUGCUCUCUCUGCUGGUGGCUUCAACCGUCAGCGCAACCAUGCCAUCUGGAACAACAUCCCCAAGCCUUCUGUCCCUUAUCAGCUCCCGACCCCUAUCGAGCCUAACCCGGCCUUUGGUGCCAACUGGAACAAUGGUGCAGUACGUCAGCCCUUCAGCGCCGGUGUGGCUUUGGGUCACGGACUGGGUUUGCAACCGUUCGGUUCAAUGCAGCAAGGUCAACGCUUCGACGCCAUGGGUCCUGCUUUUCCGAUAGAUGGCGUGCCAGGAGUCCCUGGAAUUCCCGGAGUCCCGCGUGGCAAUAAUCAGAUAUUCAUGGAGCCUGUUCCUCCCUAUUCCAUUGGAAGGAGCAAUCCCCCCAGCCGCCCGUCCUCCCGUGCCGCUUUCGACAUGCGAUACAACACUUGGGCUACAAACUACACUCCUGGUGCUCCCGGAGGCCAUCGUUACAGUCCUCCAGUCUCACCAAUGCCUGGUAUGCCUCACCAUGGCAUGUUCCAGCCUCCUGCGGCCUAUCAGCCAGGCCCCAUUGGAACUCGUUUGUCUCCUACGGCUGCAGAGUUCAAUGUCGGUAGGGAUUCGGCUUCUGGUCCUUGGAACCCACAGCCAAUCCCCGAGACCUCCGUGACCACUUAUAUUUCGCCUAACGAACCUAUCAAUUAUCGUCGCCUCCUAGACCGUAACAUGAGCUGCGACUGGAAGUUGAUCGUCGACAAGAUUGUCUGCAACAAUGACCAGCAAGCUUCCAUUUUCCUCCAGCAGAAGCUCAAAGUCGGCACAGCUGAGCAGAAGUUCGAAAUCGUCGAGGCGAUCAUUGCUCAAGCUUACCCUCUUAUGAUCAACCGGUUUGGCAACUUCCUUGUUCAGCGUUGCUUUGAGCAUGGCACCCAGGAUCAAGUCAUUUCCAUUGCCAAUGCCAUUCGUGGCAAUGUCCUCACCUUGAGCAUGGACGCCUUCGGUUGUCACGUUAUCCAGAAAGCCUUCGACGCGGUCCCGGAAGAUUAUAAGGCUAUCAUGGUCCAUGAACUUCUUCGCCGCAUCCCCGAGACUGUUGUUCAUCGCUAUGCCUGCCAUGUCUGGCAGAAGCUGUUUGAACUCCGCUGGAGCGACUCUCCGCCGCAGAUCAUGAAGUAUGUCAACGAAGCCCUGCGCGGCAUGUGGCACGAAGUCGCUCUUGGGGAGACUGGUAGUCUCGUCGUGCAGAACAUCUUCGAGAACUGUCUGGAAGAAGACAAGCGUCCUUGCAUCAAUGAAGUCCUCGCGAGCAUUGACGUGAUCGCUCACGGCCAGUUCGGCAACUGGUGCAUCCAGCACAUCUGCGAGCACGGCUCUCCCCCAGACCGCACUCGCGCCAUCGACCACAUCCUUCGCUAUGCCACGGAAUACAGCAUGGAUCAGUAUGCUUCCAAGGUCAUCGAAAAGUGUCUCAAGAUUGGCGGAACCGAGUUUCUCGAUCGCUAUCUCGACAGGGUCUGCGAGAGCCGUGCCGACCGCCCUCGUCUCCCGCUUGUGGACAUUGCCGGUGACCAGUUUGGCAACUACUUGAUCCAGUACAUACUUUCGAACGCCAGCCCUCAACACCGCGAGAUUGUGGCUGGACACGUCCGCAAGCAUAUGGUCUCCCUUCGUGGCUCCAAGUACGGCUCCCGUGUUGCCAUGUUGUGCUGCAACCCGGCAUUCGCUACUCGCCCUGGUCCGCCGACAGGGAUGCAACUUAACCGCCACAACAGCUACGGCGGUCGUGGCUCCUACGGAGGCUAUCGUUGA